GCGGCGCGCUCGUUCUACGGGUGGCGCGAGAGUCAAAAGGCGUCAGUCUCUUCUGGGUAAGAUGGCCGCCGCGGAGGCGUAGGAGAGUGGAAUCUUCGUGCCGGGAUCGCGACGUCAGGACUGAAUUUCGGAGGCGAAGGUCCCAGGAGCUUACUCCAUGGAAGCAGUCUUGUGGAUAAGCUGAGUUGUUGACAAUUCAAAUCCUGUAACUAGUCGACAGUGACCUACAACAGCACUGUGGUGAGGCCUGGCUGUCUACUGGGACCAGCAGAUCUCUUGGCCAGGUUUUUUUGUUGCUUUUAGGAUUUCUGGGGAAAGUGUCCAGGCUUUCCACAUUGGGGCAGGUUUUUCUUUUAUACCAGUCCUUCUCCUAGGAUGGAACAUGGCAUAAAGUCAGAGUCAUCAUUAGCAUUUAGAUGUGAUUAAAGCCUGGACAGCUUGGAAGAGAAUUCUCAAGGUAUGGAUGACAAAUGUGACCUGAGCAACGAGGAGACGCCCAAGGCUAUCAAACCCACUAGUAAAGAGUUCAGAAAAACAUGGGGUUUUCGAAGAACCACUAUUGCAAAGCGAGAGGGUGUGGGUGACACAGAGGCUGAGCCUGGGGAGCAGCAGCAGCAACACAGCCUCUCCCUACGGCGCAGCGGCAGGCAACCCAAGCGCACAGAGCGGGUGGAGGAGUUCCUUACCACCGUGCGGCGCCGUGGGCGGAGGAGUGCACCCGUCCCCCUCGAGGAUUCCAGCGAGCCAACAUCUUGUCCAGUAACAGAUGCAGAAACUGCCUCGGAAGGGAGCGUAGAAAGCACUUCGGACAUUAGAAGUGGUCCCAAGUCUGGCUCUGCACAUGUGAAGGAGCGACCAGCCUCUUCUGAAAAGUCCAAAGGGGGUGAUGAUGAGGAUGCCACAUCUGAUAGUGACAGUGAUGGCCUGACCUUAAAAGAGCUUCAGAAUCGCCUUCGAAGAAAGCGAGAACAAGAGCCUGCCGAGCGGCCCCCAAAAGGCAUCCAGAACCGCCUGCGGAAGAAGCGGCGGGAGGAGGACCCCACAGAAACAGUGGACAUAGAGGCAGGCAGUACUGUGGAGAGCAUAGUGCCCAGUAAGCAAGAGUCCGAGGAUACGCAGGGGGCUGCGUCCCAGGCAGGGAAUGAUGAUGGAGAGGGUGAGGCAGAGGGGAAAGUGGCUCAGGGGGUUGAAGAUGAAGAACCUGGGGACUCGAGCAAGCCUAAGCCUGAGUGUGAGGUGUACGACCCCAACGCCCUGUAUUGCAUCUGCCGUCAGCCUCAUAACAACAGGUUUAUGAUUUGCUGUGACCGAUGUGAGGAAUGGUUUCAUGGCGAUUGUGUAGGCAUUUCUGAGGCCCGAGGGAGGCUUUUGGAAAGGAACGGGGAAGAUUAUAUCUGCCCAAACUGUACCAUCCUUCAAGUGCAAGAUGAGCCUAAUUCGGAAACCACAGAUCAACAAGAGACUAAAUUUAGACCUGGAGAUACUGAUGGCACAGAUAUUACAAGUAUAGGGACAGUGGAACAAAAAUCCAGUGAAGACCAAGGGAUAAAGGGUAGAAUUGAGAAAGCUGCAAAUCCGAGUGGCAAAAAGAAGCUCAAGAUCUUCCAGCCUGUUGUAGAGGCCCCUGGUGCCUCCAAGUGCAUCGGCCCCGGAUGCUCCAGUGUGGCACAGCCUGACUCUGUAUACUGCAGUAAUGACUGCAUCCUUAAACAUGCCGCAGCAACUAUGAAAUUCCUAAGUUCAGGUAAAGAGCAAAAGCCAAAGCCUAAAGAAAAGGUCAAGAUCAAGGCAGAAAAGUUCAGUCUUCCAAAAUGUAGUGUUCAGGCAGGCAUUAAAAUCUCUGCUAUGCACAAGAGACCAGCUCCAGAAAAAAAAGAAAACACAGUGAAGAAGGUGCUCAUGGCCCCGUCUAGAAACGAAGCCCUUGGGAAGGAAGCGGCCUGUGAAAGCAGCACGCCAUCCUGGGCGAGCGAUCACAAUUACAAUGCAGUGAAGCCAGAAAAGACUGCUGCUCCCUCGCCAUCACUGUUGUGUAAAUCCAUGAAGGAAGACAGGAGAUCCGAGGAGAAGGUAGUGGCGGCAGCAGCUGCGGCAACUUCAAAGAAAACAGCCCCUCUAGGCUCCGCAAUGGGCAAACAACCUUCGCCUAGAAGUCUUGUCCCAAAGAAGUCUCCUUUCACUAACUUGGCAGCAGCCAAACCAGCCAUUAAAAAGUCACCCUCGGGCUUCAAGGGUACCAUUCCCAAGAGGCCGUGGCUCUCGGCCACCCAGUCGGGUGGUGCUUCUGCUGCUAAACAGGCAGGACCAAUGCCUGUCCCUGUGACAGCUGCUUCCAAAAAGUUGCCUAGUUCUGCUGCUUUGGUUGGAGCCAUAAGGAAGCCAGCAGCCACCUCUGUUCCCACGGCAUCUACAGUACCAGGGCGCCUUGGGGCCACAAGCCCCGCCCCGUCACAGCCAAACUCACAAAUUCGGCAAAACAUAAGACGCUCCUUGAAGGAGAUUUUGUGGAAAAGAGUCAAUGACAGCGAUGACUUAAUUAUGACAGAAAAUGAAGUAGGAAAAAUUGCCCUCCAUAUUGAGAAGGAGAUGUUUAACUUGUUCCAAGUUACAGAUAAUCGCUACAAGAGUAAAUACCGCAGCAUCAUGUUCAACCUCAAGGACCCUAAAAAUCAGGGACUCUUUCAUCGUGUUCUGCGCGAAGAAAUCUCUUUGGCAAAACUUGUGAGAAUGAAGCCAGAAGAGCUUGUAUCUAAAGAGCUUUCCACGUGGAAGGAGAGACCAGCAAGAUCUGUAAUGGAGUCCAGAAUUAAACUACACAGCGAGAGCAAGAAGACGGCUGUGAGACAGGAGCCCGUUCCCGAUAUGGAAGAUUCUCCACCGGUAUCAGAUUCAGAUGAGCAGCAGGAGUCCGUGCGGGCUGUCCCUGAGAAGAACACGGUGCCUCUUCUAGACGUCUUCAGCAGUAUGUUGAAAGACACGACAAGUCAGCACCGGGCACAUCUCUUUGAUCUGAACUGUAAAAUUUGUACAGGUCAGGUUCCAUCAUCAGAAGAUGAACCAGCACCAAAAAAACAAAAGCUGUCAGUUUCAACUAAAAAAGAAGACUUAAAAUCCAAGUAUGACAGCUCUCCAUCGGAUGCAGUUCCCACAUCAGCUGAUGAAGUGAUACCAGAAACUCUGCCGGAAGAUGCUUCUGAGCCAGACCUGGAAGGUGCUUCUCGUCCAGAUGUGGGGAGACAGUAUUUCCCUAGGCCUCCAGGAGACAGCCAUCCUGAGCCUUCCCUGCUAGAAGACCUCUCCCCCUGCCCAGCCUCCUGUGGGAGUGGGGUGGUCACCACCGUUACUAUGUCUGGCCGGGACCCCAGAACUGCUCCAAGCAGUUCGUGCACAGGCCCAGCCUCCACAGCAUGCCGUCCAGACAGCACCCACAUGGCGGAAACCAGGCAGGAUGUGCCAAAGCCUGCUGUUAACACCAUGAUGGUGCCCAAGUCCAUCCUGGCCAAGCCAUCCUCGUCCCCUGACCCAAGAUAUUUAUCAGUUCCACCUUCACCAAGUAUCAGCAUCUCAGAGUCUCGGUCCCCUCCUGAAGGAGACACAACCCUCUUUUUGUCUCGACUCAGCACUAUUUGGAAAGGAUUUAUUAACAUGCAGAGUGUAGCGAAAUUUGUCACCAAGGCGUAUCCUGUCUCUGGGUGUUUUGAUUAUCUCAGUGAGGAUCUACCUGAUACAAUUCACAUUGGUGGGAGGAUUGCACCAAAGACGGUUUGGGACUAUGUUGGCAAACUCAAGUCUUCCGUGUCCAAGGAGCUAUGCCUGAUCCGCUUUCACCCCGCCACGGAGGAGGAGGAGGUCGCCUACAUCUCCCUUUACUCCUAUUUUAGCAGUCGUGGCCGCUUUGGUGUUGUAGCUAAUAACAACAGGCACGUCAAGGAUCUGUACUUGAUCCCGCUGAGCGCCAAGGACCCCAUUCCAUCCAAACUGCUACCCUUUGAGGGACCAGGUCUUGAGUCACCACGGCCAAAUAUAAUCCUUGGGUUAGUAAUCUGUCAAAAAGUGAAGCGUCCUUCAAAUACUGGUGAGCUAGACAAGGUCGAUGAGAAGAGGGCCCGGCUGCAGGAGGAAGUGGAUGUUCCAGUCGGUCCGAAAACGUCUGCUGCCCCUCAGUCUGACAAGAAGCCCUCCAGAUACCAGCUCCAAUCUACAGACGCGGCUGCCAGCUCCACACCCCCAGGCUCUCCUCCACCUCCACCCCCUCCCCCAGAGCUGCCAGUGUCAAAGGUGCCAUCAUCAUUCAAGCUGUCACCUGCAUCCACAGCAGUCCCCACGGUGGCUUCCUCCAUCACUUCAUCUUCAUCUACUACGAAAACCGCCUCGCCGCUGGAGCACAUCCUUCAGACUCUCUUUGGAAAGAAGAAAUCAUUUGACCCCUCUGCCAAAGAGUCCGUCAGGUCCAUGCCAGCUGCCCAGCAGGACUCCAAAGGCAAGGCGGGCGAUGGGGUGCCAGGGCCCCCUCUGCUAGACCCGAUUGUUCAGCAGUUUGGUCAGUUCCCACAAAGUAAGGCACUGGAGGACGAGGAGGAUGACAGGCCUUACGACCCCGAGGAGGAGUACAACCCGGAGGGCACCUUCAACAGCCGGUUUGCUGAACAGGGCCUAUGCCAGGAUGUGCAGCAGACUCCUGAGGCCACCGAGCGGGAGGAGGUGGCCUACGAUCCUGAGGAUGAGACAAUUCUAGAAGAAGCCAAAGUGACUGUGGAUGACCUGCCCAACAGAAUGUGCGCAGAUGUCAGGAGUAACCCAGCUGAGAGGCCUGGCGAGUGUGCAGCAGACACCUCGGCCCCGUCCCUGGUGGAGCAGCAGCGGAUGCUGGAAGAGCUGAAUAGGCAGAUUGAGGAGCAGAAGCGGCAGCUGGAGGAGCAGGAGGAGGCGCUGCGGCAGCAGAGGGCCGCUGUAGGGGUCUCCAUGGCCCACUUCUCCGUGUCGGACGCACUCAUGUCCCCGCCACCCAAGUCAGCCCUUCCCAAGGCUGAGCUGUUCCAGCAGGAGCAGCAGACUGCAGACAGGUCAGCACAGCCCUCUGCAAGCCAGGCCACUCAGGGCUCUGGCCAGAGAGACCCACGGCAGGCCAGGCGGCUGGCCGCUGAGAGUGAGAGCGAGCUUCUCCCGAAGACCCCAGUAGACAGCAUACAGGGUGCCCUGAUGGGGAGAGAAGUGUCUGGAGGCGCUGCCGUGGGCCAGGUGCUGGGGCCUGUGCAGGAAGAGGAGGCUCCUCCAUGGGCCCCAGCUGGCAAGGCGCCGCCUACACCUGACCAAGACCCCGAGGGCGAGCCCUCCAGCAGCCCCAGCCCACAACCCGUGGAGGGUGGCCUCCUUGCAGUAGCUGGUGAGGGCUCGGCCAGGCCAGCCCGGAGGGUGCUGUUGCCCACUCCGCCCAGCGCCUCCUUGCAGCCCAGCUGCCCUCUGCAGGGUGAUGGGGGCAGGGACCCUUUCUCAAAUCCCGGGUUCACAUCUCAGGAAAAGCCUCUUGGCUCCACCCAGUAUGAGGACCCCAGAAACCCUCAUUCUGCUGAAAAGAGUGAUGGCCCCAACAGUGAGACUGAGGGAGACAGAGAGCCACAGGCCAGACCCAAUGAGGGGGCUGCCCUGUUCCCCCUGCCCGGACAGAAAGGGGCACCUCAGCCCCAGUGCCAGGGUCACCGUGAACCGGGUCCUCGACCUUUUGGGAUGUCAGGGCUUCAUGGGCCCCCUUUCCCAGGACCGAGAGGGCCAGUCUCUCCAUUUUCAGAAGAGAACCUCAUUCCCAAUCCUGAGGGGCCACGAGGGCCUCCGCCAGCCAGAUUUGGAGCCCAGAAAGGGCCCCUUCCUUCCUUAUUCUCAGGGCAACAUGGGCCACCCUAUGGGGACAGCAGGGGCCCCUCACCCUCCUACCUGGGUGGACCAAGAGGGGUUGGACAGCCCCAAUUUGAAGACCGCAAGGACCCCCGUGGGGAGAAAAGAGAAUUCCAGGACACCCCAUAUAAUGAGAUGACUGGCCCCCCUGCCCAACUCGAAGGACCAGAACAAGCCCAAUUUUUGGGAAACAGAGGCUCUGCACCUUUCCAGUUUGGUGGCCAGAGAAGGCCUCUGCUGUCUCAGCUUAAAGGGCCCCGAGGAGGCCCCCCUCCUGCUCAGUUUGGAGGUCAGAGAGGACCACCCCCUGGCCACUUUGUGGGGCCAAGAGGGCCCCAUCCCAGUCAGUUUGAAUCUGCCCGGGGCCCCCAUCCUAAUCAGUUUGAAGGGCCCAGAGGCCAAGCACCAAAUUUCAUGCCCGGUCCCAGGGGGAUUCAGCCUCAACAGUUCGAAGAGCAAAGGGUAAACUCACCACCGAGAUUUGCAAAUCAGAGGGCACCAGCACCCCUGCCAUUUGGUGGACCCAGGGGCUCUACACCCUUUUCUGAAAAGAGCGAGCAGCCCCCUCCUCGGUUCCAUUUCCAAGGCCAGCCCCCCCAGGUGCUGAAGCCAGCCCCUCGGCCCCUGCUGGAGCUCCCCAGCCACCCCCCGCAGCACAGGAAGGAGCGCUGGGAUGAUGCUGGCCCGCCCUCAGGGGCAUCGGGACAGGGCCCUGAGGCUGAUGGGCCGUGGACAGCACCUGACUUCCGAGAGGGCAACAAGGGCCACGAGUUCAGAAACCAGACCUUUGAGGCCAGGCCCAAGGAAAAGGCCCUGGAGGAGCCCGAAGCCCGGCUGCCAGAGAGCCGCCUGGGCCCUGGCCGGGCAUUUGAAGACAGGAGGAGGGAGCGGGACCGAGGCCACCACUGGAGCCGGGAGAGAGACUGGGAUCGCAGCCGUGAGUGGGAGCGCCACCGGGAGAGGGAUGCCAGCCGAGAGUGGGACCGCAGCCGGGAAAGGAGCACGAACAGGGACAAGGAGCGCGAGGGCCGGGACAGGGGCAGGAACAGGGACCGAGAGCGUGACCGCAGGCGUGACCGAGACAGGUCCCGGAGCCGUGAGCGGGACCGUGAGAGGGCCAGGGACAAGGACCGAGAGCCGCGAGGUCGAGAGCGCAAGGACCGGAGCAAGAGCAAAGAGAGCCCCAGGGACCAGAAGCCCGAGGCCACCCGGGCUGCAGAUGUGCAGACCUAGGGCCCUGUAGGGCCAGCGGCCGCCAGGAGCUCAUGCAGACCUGUGUCACCCUGGCAAAGACCUUUUUAAAAGCCACGUUCAUAAAAUGUGUUGACAAAUAGAUUUUGAAAUAGCUAUGAACGUAGAUUUGGGAUAGAAUAUUCUGGACUUAAGAAGUUACUGUAAUUUUGUGCAAAUGGUUUCAUACAGGAUUUCACCUUUACAAUUCUGAUAAUUUUAAAAACAAAACUCUUAAUAUUUCCAUUUAAAGUUAUAAAAAAUGGGAAAAUGUCUACAAAAGCAUAUUGCUUUUUCAGAUUAUAAAGUUAUCUUUUCCAAUAACUUGACCAUUACAAAUUUUAAGGGAAUUUCACUGGCCUUAGAGCCAUAGCUUUACUGGCAUCUCCUCUGAUUUCUGUCUCCAAAAGCUGUUGUCACAGGUCUUUGUCCUCUGGCUGGGGCUGCAGGCUGGACUGAACAGGUCCCUGCCCCAGCUGUGGGAGGGCAGGACUGACCACUUGUAUCUGGAAUGUUGAGAAACAGAAGACUUACAAGUGGGUCUUUCUUUUGUCAUGAAGAAGUUUGAAUUACAAAUUUUAACCAGGACACAAAAACACAUUUCUUAGUUUUGCAUAGUUUUUAUGUAUCAUCUUAUAAAUUUUUUCAGAAACAUGAUUAAAAGCAACAUCUAUCAUAAUAGAAAUUGUCGCAUUUAAAUAACAAUAUAUUGGAAAAUAUUUAAAUUUUACCAGCCUAAAGAAAAUGAACAAAAUGAACCAAUUAGGUGUACUUUGAAAGGGUGGUGGGGCGGGAUUUCUUUGAUCUGAACAAUCAGGAAGGUUUUGUUUGUGGAAUUUUCCCACCUGAGCAGUCAUCCUUGAUCCCAGGGAGCUGCACUCAGCCCCAAACUGCUGGACUUGUCAGGUGAUAGGUUUUAAAAUUUGUCAUUGUAAAUGGAACAAUAUUUGUGUGACGUCUGAGAUGGAAAAGAUUGAUUUUAGUUGAAGAACUACACAAAAUAGAAAGCUUUUCACUGUGAAAUACAAUAUAUUGCUUCCAGUCAUGUAUUUUUCAAGUACUUAUACAGCAUGACAUAGAAAAAAUCUGGCUAAUUUAUUUGACUGUACAAAUACAUUUUGAUAAUUUUUUUAUAUUUUCAUAAACUUUUACAGAUGUAAAAUUAGAAAAUUUCAUUUGUUCUUUGGAGUCUAUUAUUCCAUUGUACAUCACUACAGAUUUUUCACUUUAUAGCACAAAUUUUUAAGUUAAGAAAACAUUGAGAACCUAUCAAUUUGGGAUGUUUGGUAUUUUAAACCAAGUGUCAGUAGGUUAAAUUACAUUAAAAUAGGUGUCGAUCCAACAUCUAAUAUGAUGUGAAGGUUUUUUUUUACAUAGAAAGCAAAUUUUUCUAAUUUAAAUACACAAAUGUAAAAAUCAGUGUGUUCUUUAGGUUUACUUGAUAGAAAUUUCUGUAAAUUGUAUUUUAUAUUGCAGAGUAUUAUAUCACUGUACAUUAAAACAUGAAACUUCAUAGGUUUUGUUACUUGAAGUAGAAUAAACAUCUACAG